AUGUCAUCUCUAGCAGAGUCUAAUGACGAAUGGGAGCGAUAUGUUACUAAUAAUUUUGCACAACUCGUUGAAACUCUGCAACCUUCGUCGUUAGUAGACCAUUUGCUGACUGACGGCCUCAUAUCGAACGAACAGCGCGCAAUAGUGAAUCAAUGGGGCACAGACGAGGCACAAGCUCGGGAACUGCUAGAUAUUGUACGUCACAAGGGAGUCGAUAGGCUAUUUCGAUUAUGCAAAGGUCUCAAAGUCAGCAGGCAGGAGCAUGUGAUAAGAGACGUCAUGAAAAUCCCGGCUGAACAUCGUAUUUGGCAACUACAACAGCAAGAGCAACCGGUCUCACAACCUCAAAGCAAUCAGCAGAUGUGGACAGUAGAUUUGAAGUUUAUUGCUGUGAUCAUUGUGUCUAUUGCUGUGAUCAUUGCAUUUUUAAUCAAUCCCAUUAACUUCAAGGACACUGUAAUGUCAGGAACAUGUUGGAAAUAUGUUAAAAAUGAAGCAUCAGCACUUUCUGAGAAACUGAACUUUACAAAUGCAAUGAAUGAUUUGCUAUUUUCUAAUGCUCUUAUUGAAGAAAAACGUACAAAGGAAAUACGUGAAGUUUUGAGUAAGGCCGAAUGGAAAAAUUUUGAUACUUACAGGUUGUUGAUGGAGGAUCUACCAAUGACUGACAAUUCAGGAUACAUGAAGUUUUGUUGUUUAUUGCGUGCACAGUCUAUUUUACCUGCAGUUGGAAAGAGACUUUGUGAUAAAUGCAAACCGUUUAGAAAAUGCACAAGAAAUGAGACAGUACAGUUUAAUAUCAGCUCGUCUUGCCAGUCAUUUCUAAAUAACGCUACUGAUGACUAUAUUGAUGUUGAGCUUCCUGUUGAUGCCAACUACUACUUGGCCAAACCAGACAUUGAGAAAUCUGUAAAAGUAUACACGUCAUCAUUUGUAUGCAUUGAUAAUAAUGUCACUGCAACUUUGACAAUAAGUGUGGAAGAAAGGUACAUUGAAAAGGACCUUCUCGAACGAAAUAUUGCCUUGACACUGAAUGUCGAUGUUUCUGAAGUAAAGUUAAGUGUAUCUACAACAAACAGUACGUGGAUGUUUUUACGUUUGUCGUCUCAAGCUGGAUUACGACUUAUGAAAACUGUUAGUACAAAUGAGUCUAAACAUCAAUUUGGUCAAACGAUAGCAAGAGCUCUGAACUCAAAGUCAGCAAGAAAUGUUUCUGUUGUGUUGAAAUUGAGCAACUUGCCAUCAUAUACAAUCUAUGUUAUUCCUACUGGGACAUUUCCAGUCAAAUCAGAUGGAGAUCCAGAAAAUCAGAGAAUGUGGAUACCAGGAGCAGUUUGGUUGGCAUUCAUGUUAGGUUUACCGAUGAUUAUUUAUCUGCUUGUAUCAUCACACAUGUUUGCUGGCUUCUCAAUGAGAGGGAGGUCUGAUGUUGGAGCAGUCGGUCAGAGUAAAUCAUUACACCAUGACUUCAACACAGGUUAG